AUGGCCGACUCUUUGAAGGUCAACGGCAAUGCCCGCCCCAGCAACGUCAAGCACCCCUCCGCGCCCUCCCUGAUGAUGAACGCCCACUUCGCUGGCGUCGGCCAGGACGCCUCCCAGGAGGAGUACGAACAUGGAAUCCAGGUUAUUGAUGAGGACAAGCUCUUCAACUCCAACCUGGGCACGUAUUUGUCCCUCGAGAAGAUCAUCCCCGCCGGCUUCAACUACCACCUCAUAUCCGUCUUCGGCUCGCAGUCUACGGGCAAGUCGACCCUUCUCAACUACCUCUUCGGCACACAGUUCGGUGUUAUGUCUGAGCAGGAGCGCCGACAGACAACAAAGGGAAUAUGGAUGAGCAAGAACAAGCGCGAGGGCAGCGAAAGAGGCAUGGCAGAUAAUAUUCUGGUGAUGGAUGUUGAGGGUACGGACGGUCGCGAGCGCGGAGAAGACCAGGACUUUGAGCGCAAGAGCGCCCUGUUCGCACUGGCAACCAGCGAGGUGCUGAUUGUGAACAUCUGGGAGCACCAGGUCGGCUUGUACCAGGGUGCAAACAUGGGGCUCCUCAAGACGGUCUUUGAAGUCAACUUGCAGCUCUUCGUCAAGGAUAGCCAAACAACCCCUCGAUCUCUCCUCUUCUUCGUUAUCCGCGAUCACCUCGGAACCACCCCUCUUGCCAACCUACAAAACACAUUAAUAGCAGAUCUCAACAAGUUAUGGUCAACGAUAUCGAAACCGAAAGGCCUGGAACAAUCACGGAUAGAAGACUACUUCGACUUUGCUUUCGUCGCAUUGCCCCACAAGAUCCUACAACCGGAGAAAUUUGAGCAGGAGGUGGAGAAGCUGGGCACGCGCUUCCGGGAAGGAUACAACGACCCUAAGAAAAGCGGUCUGAUCGACGAGGCCUCGCUUCCCGUAUUCUUACCGCAAUACCACCGUAGGAUCCCUGCAGACGGGUUUUCCGUAUAUGCCGAGGGUGUUUGGGACCAAAUUGUGAACAACAAGGAUUUGGACUUGCCGACGCAGCAAGAGCUUCUCGCGCAAUUCCGAUGUGACGAAAUAUCGAGAGAGGUCUUGGUUGCAUUCGAUGAGAGAAUUACUCCCCUGGAGGACAGGCAGGCACAGGAUGCGCAGGCAGGAAAGCCAUCAGUCAUUCCUGAUCUCGGAGCUGUGAUGAACGCCGCCCGAUCACAGAUUCUCAAAGACUUCGAGACGAAUGCCAGUCGGUACCACAAGGGCGUUUACACUCGUAAAAGAGCCGAACUAGAAAGCAAGGUCGACUCGCGGCUCAAGGCUCUCUUCCAGAAGCAGCUUAGUGCCGCGCACAAGUCUGGUGUGCAGGCGUUCAGCGACGCCGUGAGUGGGGCUGUGAAGAGCGGGCAGAAGAAGGGCGCUUCUUAUGACUUCGCCCAGAUUGUGGAGAGCGAGAAGGAGAAAGCUUUGGAGAAGUUCGCAGCGGAUGCGCAGGCCAUUGUGGUAGAGGGCGCGUCCUGGAGUACCUACCAGCAAGAGACGAACUUGUACAAGAAAGAGUUGGAUGAGGUGUCAAGUCGCUUGCGGAAAGAGGAGAUGCGCCGCUUGGCUACAAGGGUCGAACGGUGGGUUCGAUCACGCUUGGAUGAGUCCAUCGGCCUGGAGUUCAACAAGCUCGGCAGCGGUCGUGGCGGAUCAAGAGCGCCUGAGCACGGCGAGCGUCCUGCAUCUGAGAAGGAUCUCUGGGACCGUGUGUGGACCAUCUUCACCGAGACCGUUCAGGAUGCCGAAAGGCGAUUCACAGACCGAGCGCGAAGCUUCGACGCUAGUCCCGAGGAAGUUGAAGUCGGUCUAUGGAGAUUGCGCCGCAAGUCGUGGGGUGUGCUUCGUGCGAAGAUCGAUGAGGAGGUCAUGGAAGGCAACAUCCUGUUGAAGCUUAGGGAGAACUUUGAAGACAAGUUCCGCUACGACGAGCAUGGCGUUCCCCGGAUAUGGCGACCGACCGACGACAUCGAGGGUCUGUACACCAAGGCCCGCGAGUCAACAAUCACCCUCAUUCCUCUGCUGUCUCGCUUCAAGCUUUCAAAAACAUCAGCACCUCCGCCACUCGACGCCUGGAUCGGCGAAGCUCCCGCGUCGGUCUCUCCUGCAGACGAAGAGGACCUUUCGCCCAUCGGCGGCGUAGACGACGACGAGGGCAAGAGCCUCGAGGAAGAAAUGACGACCAUCAGCGACGCAAAGCAGGCUGACCUACUCAUCCGCUUCAAGAAGACGGCGGACGGUGUCUACGUCGAAGCCAAGCGUAGUGCAAUCGGCGGAAUGACGCAAGUACCCCUGUACUUCUACGGCCUGCUCCUCGCGCUGGGUUGGAACGAAAUAGUAGCCGUUCUCCGCAACCCAAUCUACUUCAUCUUCCUCAUCCUCUGCGCCGUCGGCGCCUACGUCACCUAUACACUUAACCUGUGGGGUCCCAUGGCGCGCAUGGCUAACGCCGCGUCCACGCAGGCCCUCGACAUCGGAAAGGAGCGGCUCCGGGAGUUUUUGGAGUCUUCGGAGUCGGGACGUCAGGCUAUGCGUAUGGCGGAUCAGCAGGGUGGGAGGGGAGAGACGAGGGAUUCGGAUGGAGCGGUUGAAUGGGGAUGGGAAGAAGGAGGAUGA